CCUUGACCAUGCAUUAGGUUCAUUUCGCGCAGAUUCUGAAAUAAUUUAUUAUGUUUCUGUCUUUCAAUAAUGAUUGCGGUUUUGUUUCGAAUUAAUUGGCAUGCUGCCUGAGGCUUUAUUUAAGUUAACAACUACUUUAUGACACGUCAUAGACGGUCCAGACAGGAUUAAGAAGUAUGCGGCUUGUGAAACCUGCUUGGGUGAACCACAAAGAUGGAAAGCCAAUAUUCUCUGUGGACAUUCAUCCAGAUGGCUCCCGCUUUGCAACAGGAGGUCAAGGUGAUGAUGCUGGGAAGAUCAUCAUUUGGAAUAUGGCUCCAGUGCGCUCUGAGUCGGCAGAGAAGGAUGACAGUGUUCCCAAAGUUCUCUGUGAGAUGGACAACCAUUUAGCAUGUGUAAACUGUGUGCGAUGGUCAGGCAGUGGUCGGUACCUGGCUUCUUGUGGAGAUGACAAGCUCAUUAUGAUCUGGCACAUCAGCAAAUUUGGAGCAGGUGGGAGUGUGUUUGGGUCGGACAGUAAGAUCAUUGAGUCAUGGCGGCCAGCACACACACUCCGGGGACAUGCUGGAGAUGUUUUGGACCUUGCAUGGUCUCCAGAUGACACCUGGCUUGCCACCUGCAGCAUCGAUAAUACUAUCAUCAUAUGGAAUGCAGAAAAAUUCCCAGAGCAGGUGAGUGUGUUGCGGGGCCACACGGGGCUAGUGAAGGGAGUAACCUGGGACCCUGUUGGGAAGUACCUUGCCUCCCAGUCUGAUGACCGCUCCCUCCGUGUGUGGCGCACCCGAGACUGGCAGCAGGAGGCCAUUGUCACUGAGCCUUUCAAGGAGUGUGGAGGUACGACACACGUGUUGCGAUGUGAUUGGUCCCCAGACGGCCACUAUGUCGUGUCAGCCCAUGCCAUGAACAACUCUGGACCCACCGCACAGAUCAUCGAACGUGCAGUGAAAACAUCCCUCGACUUUGUUGGGCACAGGAAGGCCAUAACAGUUGUGUUACGAUUUAACCCAGGAAUCCUCUGUAAGAAGUUUAAGAAAGACGCAUCAAAGGCGCAGCAGUACACAUGUUGUGCUAUUGGGAGUAGGGACCGAAGCCUCUCCAUCUGGUUGACAGCCCUAAAGCGUCCCCUCGUGGUGACCCAUGAGCUCUUCACCAACUCCAUUCUCGAUAUCACCUGGGCGAGCUGUGGUUCUGAGCUGCUGUGUUGUUCGUGUGAUGGGACAGUCGCCUACAUACAAUUCAAACCAGAGGAGAUUGGAACUCCCAUGAGCAAGGCUGACACGCUUCACCUGCUAGAGAAAAUCUAUGGGAAGGCUGUACAUAAGACGUCCAGCAGUGGUGGGGCUAGCCAGAUCAUUGAGUCUGCAGACCUGCUCCGACUACAGCAGCAGCAGCAGCAGAACAUGAGCAUCUUGUCAUCAACAAGCCUGGUCACGUCCCCUGAGGAGCGUAGCCGACUUUCCAACACAUCCAACUCCACCCCGACCAAGUCGUCCAUUAUCUACAGGGGCAAGGACAUCACCGGUUCUCCCUUUAAGCCAACAGACAAGCAGAUAGAGACGAAGACUCCCGACGGGAGACGCAGGAUCACACCCAUCUUUAUACCAUCAGAGCCGGAGGUUGGAGCUGCACCAGAACCCUUUACAGGUAAUACCGGAAGUAAGAUCCAGUUUAAGACAUCAAAGGGAGGUACCAGCAUCCAGAUAGAACGCAAGAAUGUGGUAACACUGAGCGGGUUGAUGUCUCCCCCUGCAACCUCCCCAGUCCGUCCCGGGACUCUGGAGAGCACACCUAAGUCCAACUCCUCCAUCUCACCUGUCACUGCUGGUGGUGAUAAGUCCAUUGAUGCGGUGGUGCAGCCCUUGUCUGCAUUAGACAACCAAAAAGAUGCAUCCAAAGCACCUGACACACCAAAGUCUUCCAACCUACACAAGAUCUCAAGUUCGGCAGAGAAGAAGGGCCUUUCAUUGAAGCGGAAGCAUGACAAGGAUGAGCCGCCACGUAAGAGAGGACGGCCGCGCCUUGCCGACAAGGACAGAUCUCAACCUGCAACUACCACCCCCUUCACCACACCCAGUCUACCUGCUCAGUCGGGCCAAGCUGCGGUUGAAAGGCCAGUGGCCAGGCACCUGACAUCUGCCCCAGAAAUCCUCAUCCCAGUGCCAGCAACAGAGAAACGUCUUUCUGUACAGGUGUUGGCAGACUCGGGAGAAGGUGCAUUGACAGUCACCGUGGAGAACAAUGUACCCUCUGGAGGCGUGAUGUUGAGUCGUCUGUGCGUGGCACGGGGUGGCGACCCCAUAUGGCAGCAGGUCCUCUCCACUCCAGCUACUGCCGUGGCAGGAUCCAGGACAAUUACGGCGGUCUCCUGUACUAACUGCUGUCUGUCAGUGUACAAUGAGAUUGGCCAGAAGGCUCUGCCGAAUCUCAUGCUGCCAUCCAAGGUGUCCAUCCUGGACGUACAUGGUUGCCAUGUGCUGGCCGUCACCUGCACUGGCGCCCUCUACCUGUGGAAUGUGCAGAAGAAACAGUGCAUCAUCAAAAAUGAACAACUCUCAGGAAUAAUUAAACGUGAAGAACGUGUGAAGAAGGCGGUUUUGAGCACAGAAUGUGUGCCAGUGGUCACCCUGUCAAGUCACCGAUCGUUUACAUUCUCCCCAGACCUCGCUUCAUGGUUGUUGGUUCAGGACAGGAGUGACAGGGUCAGCCAGAGCUCGAGUCAUUACCACACGAAGCCACGCCUCACUUCCAAACAUGCUGGCACACUCACUGCCCUCCACAUUACACAGGAAAGACAUGGAGGUACAGAGCGACUGGUUCAGUCUGCUGCGGACACCAGGCAGCUGUGCACGUUGAGCCAUCUCGAGUCCCAGCUUCAAGCUUGCCUCGCCCUCCAGUCGCCUGCAGAGUACCGCUUCUGGCUCCACACAUAUGUGCGAUAUCUUGUACAGGAAGGCUUGGAGAGCCAGCUGCGAGAGGUGUGUUCAGGCCUGCUCGGUCCCAUCAUCAAGACAUCCAGCAAACAUACCUGGGAACACUCCAUACUGGGCAUCAAGAAGCGAACCCUUCUGAAGGAGGUCCUGCCAUUGUUCAGUGAGAACCUGAAGGCCCUGCAGCGUCUCUACACCGAGUUCCAGGAGCAGCUAGACAUGGCACCUGACACUACCUGACCCCACCUGGCCUGGUUACCUGUUUGACCCCUCCAACCCACCGAAAAUGGGACACACAACCUAACCCUCCAAUAUACAGGGACAGCAACACCACGGGAGAGGCCUUGUCCACUUACAGAGACAGACAAUAGGGCAGUUUGUUGUUGGAUUAGACUGGAAUAUAUUCUCAGACAUUGCAUAGAAGCCUAUUAGUAAAUUAUGGAAUUAAUAAUUGUGUAUAUGUUUUAUUAAGGUUACUGUUGAUUUAGAAUUUGUAUUAUGUAAAUGAAUGUGCAAUCUUACAGUUUAAUACAUGUAUUGGGAAACUGAAACCUUUUUGAAAAAUGCACUUGCUUGGAUUUAAAUACACUACCUGAGUGAGACAGUCAGAGAUUCCCUGAUUACUAUGUAGCUGACAGUCAUUACAAGUCAGUGACCAAGUGUAUUGUGUCGUAGCGUUCUUCCAGGUUAAGGUUCAAGCAUAGAUGGGUUUAUUUCAACAUAGACAUCUGAGUGUCACUAACAGUUGGAAUGUAAACACUGAAGGUAUAGAUUAACAUACUCAAUAAUAUGGAUGGUAGACGCUUGUUAUGAAGACAUCACUGACGUUACUAUAAAUAUUGUGUAGUAUGUACACCCUUUCAGAUCAAGAUUUGUACAUAUAUGUACAGAAAUAUCAGGUACACUGCUCAGGUCUGAAGUAGUCAGUUUAUAUCGACUACAUAUUUAAAAUAGUAAUUUGCCACCAAGAAGUCCAUUUUGCCAUUUCUCACUAUACCACAGUGUACAUGUGUAUAUCUCAGGUAGGUACAUGUGUAUAUCUCAGGUAGCUACAUGUGUAUAUCUCAGGUAGGUACAUGUGUAUAUCUCAGGUAGGUACAUGUGUAUAUCUCAGGUAGGUACAUGUGUAUAUCUCAGGUAGGUACAUGUGUAUAUCUCAGGUAGGUACAUGUGUAUAUCUCAGGUAGGUACAUGUGUAUAUCUCAGGUAGCUACAUGUGUAUACCAGUGUACAUGUGUAUAUCUCAGGUAGCUACAUGUGUAUACCAGUGUACAUGUGUAUAUCUCAGGUAGCUACAUGUGUAUACCACAGUGUACAUGUGUAUAUCUCAGGUAGCUACAUGUGUAUACCAGUGUACAUGUGUAUAUCUCAGGUAGCUACAUGUGUAUACCAGUGUACAUGUGUAUAUCUCAGGUAGCUACAUGUGUAUACCAGUGUACAUGUGUAUAUCUCAGGUAGCUACAUGUGUAUACCAGUGUACAUGUGUAUAUCUCAGGUAGCUACAUGUGUAUACCACAGUGUACAUGUGUAUAUCUCAGGUAGGUACAUGCAGCUGCUCUGUCAUGAGAUCUCUUGAAUACUAAUUCUACAUGUAUAUCACUAGUAUGCCAUGUUUUACCUCUUGUAAGUUGGGUGAUUCUACACUGUUUCUUUCCUAGUGUAGGUACAUGUGACAGGUGGAGGGACAGUGCUGUAGUCAUGUUUGUGUUGUGUCCCGUGCAAUGUGCUACUGUACAUAUUUAUCAUUGUUGUCGUUGUUUCUGAUCAUGAUUAAUAAAUAGAUUGAAGACCAGUUA